GGAUCCACACCUCAACGGGGCUUCUGAGACGCCAGUGUGCCACCUUGUGUUCUGUCUCAAGGUGGCUCCAAUGACGGAAGCGUCGCUACCCAGAAGCUCCGAUGCGGAACAAGUGCUUGCGGGACUCAGUCUGGCAGAGGCCAACAUUGAGAAGCAGGAGGAUGAAGUGAAACAUGCCAGACUGGAGGUGAAGCUCCGGGAGAUGGUUUUGGAGGUGGUUGCACCCACUGUGGAACGUGCCGUUCGCAUGCAGAACCACUGCGACCACUUGUCUGCCAGGAUAGAGAGUCAGCAUGGAAUUCUGACGAUGAUGGCCAAAGAUGUCCAUCGCGCUAUGGACAAAUUGGGCUUGGUGCAGGAAUUCAAGAAACAGCUUGAUGACUUCUGGGGUAGCCAGAAAGAUCUUGAGCUCAAGCUAGCCAACCACAUCCGCGAAGUCUUGUCAAAUGUGGAGCAGUGCAACCACGAUUGCAAGAAAUUGACCUCAACCACUGAGAGAUUAAACAAGCAGAUCAUGAGAGCGCAGGAGGAUUCAGACCACUUGCGCACGGACUUGUUCAAGAUGCAGACGAGCCUUGACAUGGGAGUGAAGAAAAACAAGGAAUAUCUGGAUUCCGAGACGAAACGCCUUGAGCUCAGCAUCGACCAAGUCAAGGAGAUGCACAAGGCUCUGAGCGAUGAGAUUUGGGGCCCAGAGGAAGUUACAGACUUCUCGCCUCCCAGUUUGCGUCGUUUCGAUAUGCAGACAAGGCAGCUGGAAAAGACCAUCAAAGAGGUCUUGGCGGAGCUACGAGAGUUGCGAUUGUUAGAUGCGCAUGUGAAGCGAGUCACUGAAAUUCAGGAAGGUCAUGGUGUGCAGCUCAUUGAUCUGACCGACAGCACGGGUGAAAUUUCACAACGGGUGAAUCAGGUGAACCAGGAUUUGAAAGCAGAAAUCAAGAGGACUGCAAAUCUCAUGUCAGCUUACUCCGCCAAUCUGUUGCAUGAGGUGCGCUCAUCCUUCAGCAACGAGGUGAAAGAAUUGGCUGGUCUACACCAGGAUGUACAAAUUUUCCUCAAAGAGACCGAGGCAUCGAUUCAGGGUCUGCAGGAGUCGUUGCACUCCAGCGGACGUCAUGUGGAAGCCUCUCUGCGGGAGGUACGGCUUGACAUUGAAAGUCUGGAUUCGAAGAGAAAGAGAGACAAGAUGGGUCUGGAGGAGUCCAUUACUGGUCUGCAGCAUCAGGCGAGCGACUCCUCUACGAAUCUCAGUCACUUCAGCCAGAGUUUGGAACAUCUAUCCAAUGUCAUGGGCAUCUCACUUCAGGGCCAGAGAAUGGUUAUCGCUUUGGGAGUUCAGGACUUUGUCGACCGCAAGGAUACGACCUAUGUGGGCUUCAAGAAGGGGCACACAGGUGGCUUGAAGCUGGGUCCACGCUUUGACCUCGAUUCUCUGACUGACGUGCCGUGCGCAGGGGUCUGCCCUCAGCGACACGGCAAGAUCUGUUGUGACUGUAGUUUGUUGAGGAACAGGGAACUCUUUCUUCGUCAUCACUUAC